UUAUCGCUGGGAUAUGGGUCUGUCUCUUAGUAGUUGUUCAUCACUCCGAUACACCGAUGCCACUCUCUAUCGUGGCGCCUAUCUAUGUGACGUCACGGCGGCCUAUAUCGGCGCUGAUUUGGGCCAGAUCCGGGGAUCAGCGGUGCCGUGAUACCGCCAGGGCCGCCUUCUAUCGGGUCCAACCGGGCGCCGAGUGGAGGCAAACGGAUAUCAGACAGAGACGAGCCGGACUGACGGUGGGGUACCGGUGGGUGCCUGUGAGGGUGGUCCUGCGGUGCUGAGUGUUGCACAGGGAGGUCCAGUUCUGAGCCGGAGGCGGUUCGGGCUGCAGCAGGGAGAAGGUCGUCUGGCGCAGGCUGAGGUCGGUCCCGCGAUGGCCGGUGUAGGACUGCUGGUGACGCUGGCGCUGACGUUGCUGACGCCGCUGCCGUCAGCGGACGCAGUGACUACCUGUCCCAGCACGCUCAGCGACCAGACACUGUGCGAGGGCGGCUUCAAGGACGGCCAGUGCCCCAGCGGCUACCUCUUCAAGGAGAACAUCCCACGCCUCGGCUGCUCGCUCUGCGGCGCCUGCGUCAGAUACAAAGGUCUGGAUGAAGAGUGCAGUGCGCCGGAGGACACCCCCGACUCGGAGCGGUACUCGGUGAACAUGGUGUCGGGCCGCGCACUGGUCGACACCCCGGAGUGCGCGGCCGGCCUCGAGUGCGGCUCGCAGGGCCGCUGUCAGCUGGGACCCGCACCCACAGAGUGUCAGAGGGCGCUGCACACGUACCGCACUGAGGGACUCGACGUCAAGACGUACCUGUACGAGCCGCGCUGCGAGGCCGACGGCACGUUCGCUGCCGUCCAGUGCCAGACGCGGCCAGGGAGCUUCAUGUACUGCUUCUGCGUCAACGAGAUUGGCAACCGCACCAACGGACGAGAUCUGGCCACCGAGAAGGACAAAAUGAACUGCGCCUGCUCCAGGAGAGUGGAGCAGCUGAAGGCGGAAGGACGGAAGGACGUCACCCUGCACUGCAUGGCCAACGGCAACUACGAGCCGCUGCAGUGCGACCAGGACGUGUGCUUCUGCGUCAACUCGACCACGGCGCAGCCGUACGGCGCCACCGUGGCACGUGACAUGUGGAAGGGACUGCCCUGCUACAGCAGCACCUACUUCCCCGGCGACUACAACCGUCUGUGUGAGUCCAUGAACGUGGUGGCAUCGGAGAUGGUGAAGCUGCUGAGCGCGCACGGCAUGACCACCUCCGACAUGUACCAGACGUGCGACUCGGACGGCGGCUACGGCGCCAAAGUCUGCACCGCCGAGGAUCAGAUGUGCCGCUGCCGGGACAAGGCCGGUAACGCCAUUGCGCCGUAUGUGGUGGACAGCUCCCAUGACGAGGUCAACACCAUGAACUGCCGUUGUGCCCGGGAUCACAACGACAAGGACCCGGUGGCACAGAUGUUCUCCAGAGUAAAGUGUGAAACAACAGGAAACUACGCGCCGGAGCAGUGCGUGGGUGACACCUGCUACUGCGUUGACGAGUGGGGAGAGCGCUCGUCUCUGAACGUCGACACCUCCAUAGAGGGUGUGGGCGACCUGAUCCGCUGCUGUUUGCCCUGCCUGAAGCCCAACACCCUGCAGUGCGAUUCGAACCGCGACAAGUGGGCGAGCCACUGCCCCGAGGGGCCGCCGGACAGCGCGGCGCCGAAUGUGUAGUCGGCACCGUCCAGGGAGUCUGAUCGUUUUAACAUGGGGUAGGCCGGAGGAGGGCAGAAGCAAAGGCAACUAGCAGCUGGGCGGUCUCAUGUUGUAUCCGCUCAUUUAUGUCCAGUGAGACGCAUGCCACUUUGUAAGCUUUGUGUGACGAGCGUUCACCAAAAGUGACGUGAAACAAAAUAUGAUUGGUAUAAACGACGGCUAACCUGUGCGCAAUACCUAAUGUAAAUACUUAACUGCGUACAUGCGUAUAUGCAUAUCUCAGGUGCAUUCAUGUUUAAGAAGAUGACAAUGCCAGUGUAACGAAACCAUUGUUUAUGUAGCUAAACGAGCGCUUUGACACAAAAAAAAACUUUGCCCAGGACAUACCGUGAUAGGCUGAUGCCACAUUGACAUGUAUCCGCAAAGGAGACUGCGCUGCGCGCGCUUAUCAAAGUCUACUUGCAAAGUGACUCAUGGACGGAACAAGAGGACGAAGCGGUCCCUGGUGUGAUGCCAUUGUAUUGAUAUGCCUAUAAAAUACACAUUAUUUCAAUCAA